CACUCAGUUGUCUCUUUCGUUGUGCGUUUCACUAGUCUUUAUCGCCGUAUUGGUGUCGCUCUUCGGCCGUCAUCAUCUACUGCUUUGCAUGGAGCUUGUUCGGUCUGUUUUCUUGUACGGUGUGCUCAGUCGCUUGCCGGGUUCCUUGUAAAUUUCACGUGUUUGGUCUCGUUUUGCAACAGUUUGCCGGUUUUUGCGUUGCCCCGUUUCAUGGUGUUUUAUGUUGUUGGUUUCGUGUAUUUAUCGUAAAUUUUUUGGUAGUGUGAGUUUGUGGCUUUGCAUUUGCUUUUGCCAAACGGCUUAUUUGGAGUUGAGUGGGGAAAACAAAAAUUGCAUACGAGCAUCCACACACUUCGCCUUUUGGUAUUGAAACAGUUGUGACCGACAUGAAAAAUAACCGCUUACAAUCGCACCAUGGAAAAACAACCUGACGAACUAGGGGAUGUCACGAAUGAGCCACUACCUUCGAUGAGUGAACCCAUGGAGGUUCAAGAUGCUGUAACAUCUACUUUAGCAACGCCAUUCGCGCAGCCAAUAAUCACUGCUUCAAAAUCGAAAGCACAAAAACAACGUGAGUACAGACAGCGUAUCGCAGCAUCUAGAACUCCUGCGCAGGCUGCUGUUGCAUCUACCUUUGCGACGCCAUUUGCAGAACCAAUAACUGCUGCUCCAAAAACAAAGGCACAAAUACAACGUGAGUACAGACAGCGGAUUGCUACAUCCCAAACUCCUGCACAGAAAGCAGCUGCAAGAAAAGCACGUAAUGCAAGAGAUCGAAACAACAGAUUACGCCAAACUGCUAACUUGGUUAUUGCCAGUGGUUCUCUAGAAGCGACAACUGCUGCUCCAAAAACAAAGGCACAAAUACAACGGGAGUACAGACAGCGGAUCGCUGCAUCCAAAACUCCUGCACAGAAAGCAGCUGCAACUACUGUACAACCAAGUACUUACUCAGCUCAAAUUGAAGUUCAGGCACAAUCUACUUGGAACACUAAAUGGGCAUCAUUAAUCGAGCCCACGCGCUAUGAGCGCGAACGCGCCUCCAUGAAGAACAAACCACGCAAAGUGCUCAACUUGGAAGAGCGCGUUUUGGCCAUACGUUUGUAUCAAGAGAAUCCCGUCUAUCAGCGUGUAGCCUCCGUAUUCAAGUGCAGCUGGGAGCAAAUACGCAACGUAAUCGCCAAUCGUGACGACAUACUACGCUAUUAUGGCGAAUGCCAGACCGUCAAUGUCAAGGAUUCGCCACAAUAUGUGCGAAAUAAGAAAAUCAACUUUCUCGGCAAUGUGACUUAUGAAUUCAUUAAACGUGCUUAUUACCAUCACAAUGCCACGCUCAAUGACGAAGUUAUACGCCAGCGUGCGUUGCAGUUUCGCGAUAUACUAAAAAUUGAACAAUUUCACCCGAACAAAGUGUGGAUAGCCGAUUUCAAAAAGGUAUACAACAUAGAUUGGCAGAAUUUGGCUGGCUUAAUCAUAUGUGGCGUACCGCCCCGUUCGCUUGAAAAUAAGGAUUUAAUCGAAUACUGCACGCGAAUGGUAACGAAGGCGAUAUCACUAAUAGGAAAGAUACCCAAGCAAUUGUCCAAGAAAGAAAUUAAAAAUGCUGAUAUGGAGGAUGAAGAAAAUGAGGCGGCUAGUGCUAUUAGCAGCUAUGGCGAUAAUGAAUCCGAUUCUAUGUUAACUGAUCAAUUCAAUGAUGUGCCAGUGGUGAACGAAAUUGAUGACUUUGCAGGUAUGUACCUAGAUGCGGCCGACAUCGAUGAGGAGGAGAUCAAUGAAGAUGAAGAAGGACCGACCAUCAAUUACGCUGACUACGAUGGCACCGAUGAAAUGCCAGACUUCAACGCCAAGGACAAUUUGUCGGCAGUGACGCGAGCAGCACCAAUAAAAAUGUCAACCAAACCAUUUCUAGCAGAGGUACAAAUAAAGCAAGAACGACCUAGUCGAAGUCGCAGCAGAAGUCCGCCAUUGUUAUCGCCAUUAACUGUGGCGAGUGGUACGAGUACGCAAGGCACAGGCGCAGGAAGUAGUGCAGGUGUAAAGCGAAAGAGAACAGAAGCAAUACAAUCAAGAACAGAGUUGAGCGAAAUCGUAAAAAGAGAGCGAGUGAGUACUUAUACGGAAGCAAUGCGCGUUUUGUGCCCUUUAGAAGACUUUGCGACGCAGCAGGAAGAUUUCCAUGCACUAAACCUACUUAUGCAGCUGGUGCGUGUAUUCGAGAAGGGCGCCAAUCGAAAUAGUGAGCGAAGGGGGAAUGUCUAAGUGCAGUCAUAAUUAAGAAUUAGUGUAAAAGCAUAAAUUAUGUAUUUACCUACACACGGAUAAGUAAAUGUAAAUAGUUUAGGUGUCUCACUCAAGUAACCUAUGAAUUGAUGUAUGUACAGUGAAAUCGCGAUAACUCGCAGGCUUUAUAACAUAAAUUGACAAUCGCGUUAAUUCCUAACAAAGUUCGAUGCCUUGGAGAACUCGUACAAAAUGCACAUAAUUUGAUGUGGUGCCCUCUACAAGGUGAAGUACAAAAUAAACAAGACUGAGCUAAAAUAGAAACGACAGGAACUUUAAUCUCAUAACUUCGAGUUUAUUUAUUUAAAACUGUCCCAUCUGGCCUCGAUACACUAUUUUGCGCUAUCUAAAAGCUUUUCGAAAGAGUGUUUCAGGCCAUUGACCGGAAUGUCCAUCAGGAUGUCGGUACAAGCCUUUUGGAUGGCCUCUAUGGACGCAAAACGUUUUCCUUUCAUGGUCAAAUGUAAUUUUCCGAAUAGGUAGAAGUCACAGCGAGCCAUAUCAGGCGAAUACGGUGAGUGAUCGAUGGUUAAAAUACGAUUUCUAGUCAAAAAAUAUGUCACAAGAGUGGAUCAAUGAGGUGGUGCCUUAUCAUGCAAUAAGCGCCAGCUUUCUCCUUCGCGGUAUUCAGGGCAAAUUCGACGAAUGCAAUGCAAUAAAUGCUUCAAAACGCCAAGAUAGAAAAUCGCAUUGACGGUUUGGCCCGUCGGCACGAACUCCUUGUGGACAAUUCCUUUGGAAUCCUAAAAACAAAUGAGCACCGACUUGAUUUUUGACUUCUCUAAAAGCGAUUUUUUGGGUGGUGGCUCGUCUGGGGCCUUCCUUUCGGCACUUUGACACUUAGUUUCAGGUUCAUGUUGGACACACCACGUUUCGUCACCCGCUACAAUAUUGUAAAUGAAGUUCUCGUCUGUUCUCGUCUCUUUAAUGAGGUCUUUCGAAUACAGAAUUCUGAGCAAUUUUGGUCCUAAGUUAAGUUGUGCGGAAUGAAACGUGCACAGACCUUUUGUAGGCCCAAACGAUCGAUGUUUUGGAGAUAUCGAACUACGAUUCCAUGAAUUUCAACGAUGAUUUCGGUUUAUUUUUGAUAAAAUUACCAACAAAUUCGAUGGAGUCUUCGGUGAUUACUGAUUUUGGGCGGCCCGUAUUCCCGUUCAUUGUCAUUUAUGUCCUCACAACCAUCUCUGAAACGUGUAAACCACUCAUGAACUCUAGCACGAGAUAGACAAUCAGCGCCAUAAACUUUUUUCAUAAAUUCAAAUGUUUUACCAAUUUUAAAACAAAAUUUUAUAUUAGCUCUUUGUUCGAAACUCGUUUUUUUACCGAUGACACAAACAUACUGACACUUUAGACGCAAUAGCUUCGCUUCCACUGAACCGAAUGUCACCAAGCUUUCACUGGAAGUCAGCUACGGAUGUAACUUCUAACGCACUAACUCAUUAAAGAGAUGGCGCCAUCAAAAACAUUUUUAUGACACCAGUCUUGUUUGUUUUGGACUUCACCUUGUAUAACUCGUUUUUUGUUUGUUCUCUGCCGAACGAUUGCGUGAAUUUUUUCUAAUCGUUCUAAAUGUCUGGCAAAAGCACUCUUUUAACUUUUAUUCUUGCUUUUGGUUUUGCACAAUUGCACGCAAUUCCGCUUACUUGAAAAUAGCGAUAACUCAUAAUAUUUUGUUGGUGUCUUGGAUUAUGAGUUAUCUCGAUUCCACUGCAUGGAUAUUUUUCGAAAAAACCUUUAUCACCAAAUAAGUGUAGUUACUACAAACUUUUAGCACAAUAAAAAAAUAAGUAAUAUGAAUAAUAGUGUUGAAUCGCAUCAGAAUAAACUUAAAUUUCAUAUGGACUUGUACAUUUGUACCUACUCGUA